CUGUCAUUUCAAACUAACCGCUGCUCUGAAACAAGGGACCUGAACUUUUCUCUCUCUCUCUCUCUCUAGAACCUCCCUGCUGCGGUAUCUCGGUGAUCGGGUUAGAAAUGGUGGCUUGCAGCACCGACGGGUUUCCGAGCUACAGUUACUGCUCGCCGGCCGAUGAUCGGCGAUUUUCGAAGCAAGUCUACGAUAACGUUCACGGAAACAUCUAUCUCGACCCUCUUUCUCUGAAGUUUGUGGACUCAGAACAGUUUCAGAGGCUUCGAGAUUUGAAGCAACUUGGUCUUACUUUCUUGGUCUAUCCUGGGGCAGUGCACUCUCGGUUUGAGCAUUCAAUUGGUGUCUAUUGGUUGGCAAGUGAUACUAUACAAAGGCUUAAAGCCAAUCAAGGAUCUGAGCUGGGAAUUGAUCAUUUUGAUGUUCAGACAGUAAAACUCGCUGGAUUACUACAUGAUGUGGGACAUGGGCCAUUCAGUCACAUGUUUGAGCGUGAAUUUCUUCCUCGGGUUCUUAAUGCCAUCAAAUGGUCUCAUGAAGAUAUGUCUUUGAAGAUGAUAGACUACAUUGUUGAUAAACAUAACAUUGACAUUGAUUCUGAGAAACAUAAAAAAGUGAAGGAAAUGAUAAUUGCUUCUGAGAGUAAUCAAACUAAUAGCUUGAAAGAAAAGCAAUUCUUGUAUGAUAUUGUUGCUAAUGGGAGAAAUGGCAUCGAUGUUGACAAAUUUGAUUAUAUUAUCCGUGACUCCCGGGCUUGUGGUCUUGGUUGCAAUUUCCAGUUUGAGAGAAUUUUGGAUGCAAUGCACGUAAUUGAUAAUGAGAUAUGCUAUCGUGCGAAAGAAUAUCUUACCAUCCACAAGUUAUUCUAUACAAGGGCUGAUUUGCACCGGACAGUCUAUAUGCACUCAAAAGUGAAGGCUAUGGAACUGAUGGUUGUUGAUGCUUUGGUAAAGGCAAAUGAUUAUCUUCAAAUUGCAUCCUACAUUGAUGAACCAGCUCAAUAUUGGCAGUUGGAUGACACAAUAGUAAAAACCAUUGAAACAAGUUCUUGCCAAGAGCUGAAGGAAUCCAGAGAUCUCAUCCUUCGGAUUCGUAGAAGGGAAUUGUACCAGUUCUGUAACGAAUUUGCCGUGCCAAAGGAGAAGAUGGACCAUUUCAAACCAGUCACCCCUCAAGAUGUGAUUUGUUCCCAGAGUUCCAAUGGGAACGUGCCUAUGCUAAAGGAAGAAGAUAUUGUUGUAACUAAUGUCAAAAUUGACCUGACAUGCGGUAGAAAAAAUCCACUCGAACGCAUCAACUUUUAUAAGGAUUUCGAAAGUCAUGAAAAGUUUCCCAUCAAAGAUGACCGUGUCAGUCACUUGUUGCCUGCGUGUUAUCAGGACAUGAUCGUUCGAGUUUACUCCAAAAAAAUUGAUCUGGUGGGAGCGGUUUCAGAGGCCUUUGAGAACUUUCAGCUCAAGACAUACGGACAGAAAACGCAGGUGCAUGCUACUCCCGAGAAGAAGAAACGUCCAAGGUAUAUAUAGGUCAUUGCUUAAGCUUUCAGAAACAUGACGGUAUUCUGCUAUUCUCCAAAACCAAAACUACAGGUACAUUUGUUCUUCUUAUUAGUUCUUACUGUUAGACGCUUAAAAAAACAUUAGGUUUAUAUAUAUAUAGAUUGAAGUGUAAAUGCAUAUGUCAUCCAUCUCCUCUAAUGGUUUGAACUCAACUCUUCAAUCUGUGGGAAGUUAUUGAUAUCCUAGCUUAAUUCCUUAUAUCCGUUAACAACAAUGUAAUAUUACUAUCACAAGAAACAUUGUGAUAAAGU